AUGGAUCUACUAAUGAUUGCUAUUAAAGUUGAUAGGCUAGAUGGUAGUGGAAAACUUGUACUUGAUGGCGAUGAACAGUUACAAGAAAUGUUUUCUUUGUAUAGAAAUUGUAAGGAGAUUCCUGUAUUUGUGAAUGUUGAAGUUGGGUCUCAGGUGAGACUCCCACCUCCUCCAGAUGUAGGAAUAGGUGAAGAGCCUAAUGUUGAAAAUGAUGACAGGGAUGCAAAUAGACAUGAAUUUGAUUAUGUAAAUGAGGAUGAACAUAUAGGUGGCAGUGGUGAAAAUGAUGACAGUGAUGAAAAAAGGCAUGAAGUUGAUGAAGUGAAUGAUGAUAGUGUUAAUGGUUUCAGUUCUGAGGAUGAUGACUAG